GUGCUAACAGCUUAUAGAUGGCAUCUUUACCCUGAAAGGUGCAAUUAUGUAGACUGCAUGGCAUCUUUACCCAGAAAGGAACUGCAAAAACAUGGAAGUCCUGAUAUAGUCAUGGCCUUAGUUGGUAACAAAGCUGAUCUUCAGGAGAAGCGGGAAGUACCAGUUCAGGAUGGCAUUGACUCUGCGGAGAAGAAUGGAAUGUUUUUUAUUGAGACAUCUGGAAAGACGGCAGAUAAUAUAAAUCAGCUGUUUGAGGAAAUUGCCAAGCGGCUACCCCGCCCUCCUGCUUCAUGAUAUGGGAGAAGCUUGAAACUGAAUCAACUAAGAGCUGCUCUAGUUGUGGGAGCCCUUUCUUUAGUUGCUUGAGAUGUACGUUCAGCUUGUGUAUAUUGUGAUAUAUAUAAUUGAAACUUUGUUAUUAUUUGCCCUGCUUCUCAGUUCAUCCUUUCAGUCGAGCUUUAAGACUCAAAAGCUCAAUACAAAGAUUGAACUGGACGAGGCCAUAAGAAGGGAUCCCACAACAAUGUAGUUGAAAGUUUUAGCUUUCCCUGUGUUUAAUUUUAAAAGAAAAGCCUGGCAUAUUAUAAGCCC